AUGUCUACCGGUGUUGCCGUCAGUGACGAGUGCAUUGAUUUGUACUCUGAGUUCAAGCUUCGCAAGAAGUACAAGUACAUCAUCUUCAAGCUUGCUGAUGACAACAAAGAGAUCAUUGUUGAGAAGAAGGCUGAGACUGGAAACUAUGAGGACUUCCUCGAGUGUCUCCCCAGUGAUGAACCCCGUUAUGCUGUCUAUGACUUUGAAUACGAGAAGCCCGGAGAGGGUCAGAGAAGCAAGAUCACUUUCUAUGCCUGGAUUCCUGAUACGUCAAAGGUCCGUCAAAAGAUGUUGUACGCUGCCUCCAAGGAUGCUCUCCGCAAGAAGCUUGUUGGUCUUGCUAUUGAGAUCCAGGGCACUGAUCUUUCCGAGGUUGACUAUGAUGCUGUCCUCGAAAAGGCUUCCCGCUCCAACUAA